AUGGUGAUUAAAUCCUUACUGGAGCCUUUCUCGGAAGGCCCAGAAGAUGCAAUAAAUGACUGCAGAAUCCUUUUUACAGAAGAAAUGUACAAAAUUGAAAAGCCAGGAGCUUAUCCAUUGACAUUUGGAGAUGGACAUUUCAAAAGUACACUUUAUUUGUUAUUUUGCUGGGAUAGCAAAGCUACUAGGUCCAUGGCAUCUUCAUGUGGUGGAAAACAGGAUGCUCACAUGCAACUCCUUUGUGAUGAAUGUAAUAUGGCUUAUCAUAUAUACUGCCUGAACCCUCCCUUAAGCAAGAUACCAGAAGAUGAAGAUUGGUAUUGUCCUUCAUGCAAAAAUGAUUUUAAUGAAGUUGUAAAGGCUGGAGAAACUCAGAGUAAAAAGAAAGCAAAGAUGCUAUCUGCCAGUACUGAAAGCCAAAGAGACUGGGGCAAGGGCAUGGCUUGUGUUGGUCACACUAAGGAAUGCACUAUUGUCCCUUCUAAUCACUAUGGUCCUAUACCUGUUGUCCCUGUUGGGACAGAGUUCAGCCGUCCUCGCGUUGUUGUGGCACCAAAAAACCCCAGUAAGGGCGGCAGCGGGCUACUGGCAAAAGGAUUCAUUGGAAGCACCGACGACAUUUCGCUAAAAGCACCUGCAGCGGCUGAGCAACCAGUGAGUGAAGCAGGUGUUCACAAACCCCAUGUUGGUGGAAUUCAUGGACGCAGUAAUGAUGGAGUUUAUUCACUUGUACUAGCUGGAGGAUUUGAAGAUGAAGUGGACAGAGGAGAUGAAUUCACUUAUACUGGGAGUAGAGGUAGAGAUGUUUCUGGAAAUAAAAGAAUUGGAGAACAUUCAUUUGAUCAAACAUUAACACACAUGAACAGGGCAUCGGCCCUUAACUGUGAUGCCCCAUUGGAUGAUAAAAAUGGAGCGGUCUGGAGAGCUGGUAAGCCAGUCUCAGUGGUGUGCAGUUCAAAAGGACGACGGAUCAACAAAUAUGCCCCAGGGUAAGGCAACAGAUAUGAUGGCAUUUACAAGGUUAAUUGUGGAAUUUCACGCCCUUCAUCAGUGACCCUCGUUAAAAAACCGUUUCUAAAUGCAAUCCCCAUUGUGACAGAACAUCCCUUCCCCACAGAUUCAAUGAUCGCAUGUGUCCAGUAUAUUUGCGGGCAGCCUGUAGAUCCGAAGGCGCCCUGCCGCGUGACAUCUGAGGGGAAAAAAUCAAUAUUUAAAGGUAACAACACCAAUUGUGCUAUUUUACUUUUAGCGGGUAUCGUGCAGAGUGGUGUAGGCGUCCAAGCCAUUAUUUUUAUUUCUAAUGCAUCAUUGUCGAUGACUCUGGUAAAACAAAAAGACCACUAA